AUGUCUCUGUGUAGAACAGUCUGGGGUCUGGGUGGGGGUGGGGGAAGGGCCCUCUGGUCUUGGGUGGGUGUCAGGGAUGUUGAGGAGCAGACCAACAUCCCAGAGUCCCAGAGUCCCAGAGCCCCCCGAGACCACGCUGAGCCCACCCAGGAGCGAUGGAGGCCCAGACUCAGUGGUCUCCUCCACCCAGGCAGCCCCAGCCCUCAGCUCCUGCUGCAGCAGAUUCCCCUCGCCGAGUUUGCUUCAUUGCAACGGGGAAAACUGGGGCAGAAGUUGGCCGGAGGAAAGAACCAUUGGUGUGGUCAGCAGCUCAGUGAAGUCACUAGACCGACGGCCCCCCCCUCCGAGGUGGCCCAGGUCGGCCCAGCCACGGGCCAGGGCUCCAGGCCGGCGCGCCCCACCGAGGCAGGGCAGCUCCAGGAGGAUAGAGCUGCUGCCCUGAGGGAGGCCCGGACCCCUUGGUUGGACAGUCAGUGUGACGGGGUGCAGGCCAGACCCUCCGUAGACGGGGCCCUCGUCCGGGGGCCGUCAUCCCAGUCUGGUGGCCUCCUCACCAGGCAGACCGCCCCCCCUCGCCUCACAGAGCAGCAGCUGGGCUUCCUGGGGCUCCCCAACCUGGCACAGAGCUGCUAUUUAAACUCCACCCUGCAGAGUCUCCUGACCGUGAGGGUCUUCAGUCAGGAGAUGGAGCAGACGCAGUGGGCUUGGAGCUUAGCCCCCUCUGCACAGCUGCUCAGGGAGUUUGUGGCCAUCGGGACAUCACGUUGCUCCGACAACAACGGCCACAAGAUGGCAGUGCUGAGUUCGUUUAAGAAGAGGGUUUCGCUGCAGUCCCCAGAGUUCCAGGACGGUGGACAAAAAGACGCCCAUGAGUUCCUGACCGCUGUGCUGGACCAGUUGAGGGGUCUGUCCCUCCUGCUAAAGCCAGCCGCUCUGGACAUGCUGGGAAGGACCUACUCCUGCCCCGUGGAGGCUCACCUGCUCUUCAACAUGUUGAGAACCAGGACCUGCAAGGGAUGUGAGGGCCAGUCCUCGUCCAUGGAGGUCUUCACCAACCUGUCCCUGGACCUGGAGCCUGGAGGCUCGGUGAGCCAGGCCCUGGACAGAUACCUCACGGAGAGCUCUCUGAAGUACGCCUGCCAGUGCGGAGGAAAUACAUCUGGCACCCAGACCUGCUUCCUGACCCUACCUAACGUUCUGGUCCUCCACCUGAAACGCUUCCGCUUCACCCUCACUGGGAGGAUAGAGAAGGUGGAGGAUGAAGUCCUCCUGUCCAGAAACCUGGGACUCAGCAUUGGGACAGGAGAAGUACACACUGGUGAGUGUACUGAGCCACAUCGGUGCCCGGGCUACAUCAGGACAUUACAUCAGUGAGGGGGCCUAUCCGGAAGAGGGCAACAACCUGGCUGACCAAUGGCUGCGCUACAAUGACCUGAAGGUGUCACGGACCACCGGCAGGGCCGUCUGUCGCCGGCGGCAACGCACAGCCUACCUGCUGUUCUACCAGCGACAGGUGUAGAACAGUCUGGGGUCUGG